AUGCCUCUGCCCAAGAAGGACUCGUCGGACUCUCGAUCCGGCGGGGCAUCGGGUCGCGUGCAGAAUGGCAACCGAUCUGGUUUUCGCACAGACACGGCCAUCUCAAGCAACCGCUUCAACAACGAGCGAACGCUAAAGCCAUGGAUCCCCGAUAGUUCGGACACUUUUGGCGAUAGCCUCGAGACUUCCACCUCUUCGGGCCAUUGGGACCAGUUUGCUGCCAAUGAGAAGCUGUUCGGGCUGCAGACCGAUUACGAUGAGAACAUGUACACGACUGCCAUUGACAAGAGCCACCCGCAGUACAAGGAACGAAUGGCGGCCGCUGAGAGGAAGGCUCGGGAGAUUGAGAGAAGCGCUGCGGUGACAUCCCACGUCGCCGAGGAGCGAAUUAUGGACUUUGUUGGUGGCGAUGACCGGAAUGGUGAUGAAGAGGACAAAUAUUCCGGCGUCAAGCGUCAAGAUUCUGCGUUUUCUUCUGGUCGCGAAAACAAGUACACACCUCCCGCGAAACGAGCCCCGACAUCGAAGGCAACCGUUGUUGGUGCUCCCGUCGACCCAGCCAUCAUCUCCUCCCAACUCAAGGUGAACCCGCCGAAGAAGUCCACGCCUGCCGUCGCCACCCCGGUCGCCUUGCCAGCUAUUAGGGCCUCCACCGAUUCCAAAGUCGCGGGUGCUACCGAAAAGCCCGCUACGUCCCGAGCGGAGCAGCCUAAACCAGAGAAAGCCACCGAAUCGAAGAUUGGUGAGACGUCAGCAGAGUCGAAGGCUUCUGAGAAGGGGGCUCCUUCCCUCCGAUCUCCGGCUGUUCCUCCGGCUUCCAGCACAAGGGGAACCACACCCAAGCCUGGAGAAGCUGCGCCCAGCGCAGCCGCAACUGUGGAACGUGACCUAUUAAAGUCAUUCAAGAACUUCGCCGCAGGCCAACGAAGCCAGGCCGAAAGGGUUCGAAUCAGCAAGACCAAGGCUGAUAAGGAAGUAAAGCUGACGGAGCUGAAAAACUUUGCGAACACCUUCAAGCUAUCGACACCUGUCCCCUCUGAUCUGAUUGGCAUCAUUGCGAAGGACCCGGCCCGACAGAAGGAAAUCCAAGCCAAGGCUCUGCAGAACGCGGAAGAAGUUCUUCGAGCCAAGGAAACUGCGAAGGCUAAGGAGGCUGCUGCCAAGGAGACCCAAUCCAAACAGGCCACCGAGCCCUCCACACCAGCGGCUUCAGAACAAAAACCGGCUCCCCGCCCGACUCCCGUCCAUACUACUUCGCACCCGAACUCGCAAAACCGCCACGGCGGUGGUCGUCAAACGUACGGCUCCUCGGGUUACAACGGUCAGCAGUACAACCGCAACGACAGGAGUGGCCAGCACCAAACGCAAGGAAGACCCACUUUAGCGCAACGUCUUAAGAUGCAACAAACUCCCCAUGUUGCGGUCCAGACGGAUGGUCGUCUCCCGCCCACCGCUCCGACUGGCGCUGGCAAUGAUGGCGCCUUUAAUAAUCGUCGUCUAAGUGGAACGCCAGGCCACGGCAACAAGCUAAACCCCAACACGCAGGAAUUUAGGCCUAAUGCCUUUGCUCCAAGCUUCAGCCCCGCCUGCCACCCAAGCACCGCCUCGAGCCCCAGAUCCACGGUCACGAAUUCGGCCUCUCCAGUUCGCCAGAUCAUCCGACGCAAGACCAAGAGUGUCGAUUGCAAGAAGUGUGAUAUCUUGAGCUGCAUCAAGACGAUCAAGCCCCCUCAAGGUCGAAACUGGGAAGACAACGCCGGUCUGCGCCCUACCUACGACACUCCUCCCACCUGGAGGCAGCGCCAAGACGACAACGAAAAGCCCGACUCGACCAUGCUCCUUACCUACAAGCAGUACUUUGAGCGCAAUCCGUUUGCAGGCCCUCCAGGCACACUGUCGACCCCGAAUCCUUCCCAUGUGCUGCCUCACCUCGCCCACCAGCACCAGCUUCCCUUCCAUCUGCAGCAUGGAGCGCACAACAUGCCGGCUCGCCCUUCGCCACACAUGCCACCCGUGCACAUGCAUGUUCCUCCUCAACACACGCCUCACGUUGGAUAUGCCAAUACCGAUGACCACCGCAUGAUGCACUCAAAUUCGGCUCAGUCAUUUGCCUCGCCUAGGAUAGCGCAGGCACCUGUCUACCCGCCGGCUGUGAACUCUCCCGCACAAGUGCCUUAUGGACAGCCCGUGAUGCAACCGUUCGUACCCAACGCUCCGCACAUGGGCCAGUACCGAAGCUUCUCGAACAACCCUCAAUACAUGCCGCAACAGCCUGGCCACAUGGGAGCACCCAUGAUGAUACAGCCGCAGUUUGUAACGGGGCCGCAGGGUAUGAUGGUUACACCUCCUCAGAUGCAGAUGUACCCUACUUCGCAGGCUCAAUUCAUGCCUCCAGGAGCCGUCGCGGUGCCUCCGCAGCCAAUUGCGGGCUCUAACGGAUAUCCCAGCCCUGGCCGCCCCGCAGCGCCGCCGAUGGCUCACCAAGGCUCUGCCCAAGGCCAGCCUUACGGAAUGAGCCCCAGCAUGGCUUACCAGCAGCCCGUCUACACACCUCAGCAGCCUAGCCCGAUGAACAAUGCAAGGGGAAAUUACGUUCCCCCAGCGGCCCACCACUAUGGCAGUAGUCCGCAACAUAUUCACCAUUUUGGCGGGCCACAGCAUAGAGGAGGCGGCAACUAUGGCAAUAAGAACUUUACUCCUCACGGCCAACAACAUCAGUUAAACCAGCCCGCGCACAGCAUCCCUUCGGGACCCCAAGGAAGGGUGCCUGAUGUGCCCGAAGAAGCGAAAUGA